AUGGCAGAAAAAUCAGGCGUAACCGGCCUCGACUUCGAGUUCGUUAAAACUCCCGCCUUUCCCAAGCCUGACUUUGACAAGCUUGAGGAUGUUGGUGUUCCUACUACCAGGUACCCUGCCAUCAAGAACGCUCCUCUUCCCGCCGAUGGCUCUGGUGCCGACACCUUCAACAACUAUGUCCUAAUCUCCCUCCUGACCAUCGUCCCCUGGUGGUUCAGCUGGAAGGUCGGCGGUGGCUUCAAGACAACCCUGUUCUUCGCCCUCAUUAUCGAUCUUCCCAUGCUCGCUGUCUGGUGGUUGACCAUUUCCGCCAUCAGCCCUCGCAAGAAUGAGAAGGUUCGCCUUCCUAACCGUGGUGUCGAGCACUACCUUGAAUUCAAGAAGGAGGCCGACCGUGCCAAGUACCGUGGCACCAACAAGAUUCCCAUGGAGACUUUCUACGAAAUGUACUUUGACGGCGAUGUUGAUUUCAAGGGUGACUGCCUUGAGGUUAUGGAGCAGCGCCACGACUGGGUCAGCUUCCGUUUCACUAUUGGCCUUAUCAAGUUCUUCCUGUUCGGCAUGAUGCCCGAGGUUAUCAUGCACACUCGUUCUCAGGACGAGGAGCAGGUCCGCGACCACUACGACCGCGGUGAUGAUUUCUAUGGCUGGUUCCUUGGCCCUCGCAUGAUUUACACUUCUGGCAUCAUCUCCGACAUCAACCGCGAGGAGACCCUUGAGGAACUCCAGGACAACAAGCUCACCGUUGUUUGCGAGAAGAUCGGUCUCACCAAGGGCGACACCAUGCUCGACAUUGGCUGUGGUUGGGGUACUCUGGCCCGCUUCGCUAGCGAGCAGUAUGGUGCCAACGUCACUGGUGUCACUCUCGGCCGUAACCAGACCGCUUGGGGCAACAGCAGCAUGCGCAAGGUUGGUAUCCCCGAGGAGCAGAGCCGAAUUGUCUGCAAGGACUACCGAGAUAUUCCCGUUCCCGAGGGUGGCUACAAGAAGAUCACCAGUCUCGAGAUGUCUGAGCACGUUGGUAUCCGUCACUUCUCCAGCUUCCUUAAGCAGGUUCACGACAUGCUCGACGACGAUGGUGUUUUCUUCCUCCAAUACGCUGGUAUCCGUAAGGCUUGGCAGUACGAGGAUUUGACCUGGGGUCUUUUCAUGAACAAGUACAUCUUCCCUGGUGCUGACGCUUCUACUCCUCUGGGCUGGGUUGUCGAUAAGCUCGAGGGUACCGGUUUCGAGAUCAAGCACAUUGAUACUAUCGGUGUUCACUACUCGGCCACCCUCUGGAGAUGGUACCGCAACUGGAUGUCCAACCGCGACAAGGUCGAGGCCAAGUACGGUAAACGGUGGUUCCGCAUCUGGGAGUUCUUCCUUGCCUACUCUACCAUCAUCUCCCGCCAGGGCAGUGCUACUUGCUUCCAAAUCACUCUCGUCAAGAACAUCAACUCUACUCACCGUAUUGAUGGUGUUGAGACCCAAUUCAACCUUCAUGGCGCUCUUGACAACUGCCGUGCUGACCUCCAGUCUUGGGCCGCCAGGAACAACGUCAAGACUCCCUCUGAGCUUCUGUAA